GUGCAUUCAUAGAUAAGGCAGCCACAGAUGUUGCAUUUUCACUUUUAUUCGGAGCGACUUGCCUGUGGUUUGUCCUUAAGGCAGUUAAACAGUGUGAUCACAUGACCAGAGUAGCCCAUUAUCAAGUUAAGGACACUGCCUGUGAGAAAUAACUUUGGCAGCACAAUUUUCUGUCCUAGUGCAUGGAGGAUGGUGACUCUAAUCUAAGGACUGUAAGAAUGAAGCACUGAUUUUUAGCUCAUUGUAAAGGGAAAAGUUUUGUUGCUCUACAUGGGUGGCUUUUAUUCUGGUUGCUGUCCUAUUCAUGAAACCACUGAAGAGAAAGAUUGUAUUCUAAGGGUCGGCUCCAACAUGGCCAGUGUGUCCAGUUUCUGUGAGACAGCUGUGAGUCAUCACGAGCUGCAGGACAGCAGAUCUGGAUCUGAGAAGGAGGAGAGAAUCUCCACUACUGAGGAGAAAUCAGAUACUGAAUUAAACGCCUUCAUCCAAAUGAGGAACAAAGUGGACAAAGAUACUGAGGAAUGGGAAAAGCUGAAUUAUGAUAUUCACACUCUGAAAUGUGCUCGGAAAGAAGUUUGUACACGUUGGAAAAAGAUCUUAUUUCAGUUGGGUUACCAGAAGGAGGUGGAGUCUUUACUGACAGUCAACAGACAGACUGUUCUGAGUGACAGUGAGAAUGUGGAGAAGGCCAGAGAACUGCUGAGAACGCUGUCAGAGAAAACAGGCAUCUUCCCUCGCGGACUCGGCAAAGGCGAAAGAUACGUUUUCAUCAUGGAUCGACUGGUGUCCUUGGAUAGUGCUGAAGACUUUGUGCGUUUGGCCAGAGAGAAGUAUCCAAGAACUUAGUCUUCUGAUGAACAAGAACCUUUGGGUUUGGAUUCAUUUGCUCUCUUUGAUUUUUCUGCUUCAACUAUUUAUUUGUUUUAUUUUUAUUUUUUUUUGCAGUAAAGUCUUUAUGUUUUGUUCUGGACAAAAAAGAUGGAAUAACAUUAAAUUCUUAUAUUCAGAACAAUAUCUGUAAGACAUUUGCAUCUAGAGCAUAUCU